AAAGCUCUUUCAACACUCCGGAAAAUUGGACAUUCAUACCCGCUGAAAAUACGCUUCUCCCCCCCACUGCAGUGUCUCAUCCCCCCGUCAUAAAAGUCAUGGGGUCACCGAGGAAAGAUUCUAGUUUAAAAGGCAUCAAUGACGGAGAUGCGCCUCGCCGAACCGUAGGCGAAGUUGCAAGAGAGAAAAGGCUACGUGAUGACCCGAUGGCAGAGGUUCUUGGCCCACUUUUUGUCACCUGCAAACGCUGUGGAAAUCGUAUAAAACUAUCCCCGAAGAGUCUGUAUGAUCCCUUCCAUUGGCUGAAACACCGUGAACGUUGUUUGAAGAAACCAGUCGGAAGUGCCCGCGCCACUAGUCGUCCUUUGAAGGAAACGAGCACGGUUGAGAAGAAUUCCCCUGCUUCAUCGUCUAACACAGACACCGACAAUCUCACACCACCUCCUCCUUUGACUCGCAAUGACGAUCGACGGGGAAUUCCUGUCAUUUUAAAAGAAAGCUCGUCUUCGCCUGACCCGGAGGAUGUGGUCGUCGACACCUCGCCGAAAGUUGUUGACUUGCCUCUGGUAGACCAUGGGCACUGGCAAUCUUGGUCGUGGUCCGAUUUGAGACCUCCAGCCUGGCUGAUAGAUACCAAUCCCAUGCAUGAAGACGACGGGGAUGAUGACGAGCCUCCUCGAGUAACCAUAAUAGAGCGCGGCUCAACUCCGACUCUCUCUCUCCAGCCGGGCACACAUCCUCAAGACCACUCCUAAGAUCAUAUACCGUUGUUGUAUUGCAUCUAUCUGUCAUAAGUGUUCUCAUUCUUGCUCUGUUGUCUCCAUUUGCAUCGCCGGUACUUUACCGUACACAUAUAACUAGCUACCACAUUUGCCCAUACCAGCAUACCAGAGUAGCCAGCAUUAAUUUACGCAUUCUAUGAUCCUCACUACUAUUAUUAUGGAUAGCACUUUUUAUCCAAGUCUAAGUAUUUCUUGAUAUGAUUUCGAGGUCUUCUGCGGGUGGCUGGUGAAUGCCGCUCUGGAGAAAAUAAACUAUGGCAGAAUCUUGAUUUGCUCGAGAACCCCUAG